UGUGCCUUGAAAUAUUGACACCAACACAACACAACACAACACAACACAACACAACACAACACAACACAACACACACUCUUCUAUAUCUACCUAUCUAGAUUUUGAUGGCAUCGAGCUCGAUGGCAAGAGGGUCGUCGUGGACGGCCAAGCAGAACAAGCAAUUUGAGGAGGCUUUGGUGAUGUACGAGAAGGAUACAACCCACCGAUGGCAUAACAUUGCAAGAGCAUGUGGCAAAACGGUUGAUGAAGUUAGGAGGCAUUAUGAGGCCUUAGAGAAAGACAUCAACAACAUUGAAACGGAUCGAGUUCCUAUACCCGACUACACACCCAUCUCCACCAAUAGAGGAUACACCAACGACCACCGGCUUAUGAUGAAGAAUCUAAAACUGAAGUGAUCAAAUCGGUUCGGUGUUAUAGAAGUAUAUAACGCCUGUGAUCUCAUGAAUCAUGUUCCAUACAUACAUAAUUGUAUUUUUCCCUUUACUUUUUUUUUUGGUUACUUUUUUUAGUUGUCAUGGGGAACUGGCGUAACUAUCCUUUGUACACCUUAUUUUUAUAAGACAAGCAUAGUUGUUUGCAAA